UGUUCAGUGACUGCUGCGCAGUGGACUACAAGUUGGAAUGGCGCUUCUGUUUGAGAAAGAAGUAGAAGAGCUAGUGUGUGUUUAAGAAAGGGACGUGGACAUAUGUAACAGUUCUCUCCAGGAAAGGAGCGUAGGAAGCAUACUUCAGAAAUUCUUUGAAAUUAUAACAUUUUUAAGGACAACAUGGUAUUUGGAUUCUGAAGCACAUCGUUCCAGUAGCAGAAUUAGUGAGAUCAGAAUUUGAAGAUGGUGAUAUAAUUUUACAGACUAAGGAACUUGGACAGCAAAUUAAAUGCUGGCUUGCAGUAUGCCAGACCUGGUGGCACAAGUAACUAGCAGCCUGUUGCAGUUUCCAGAUGUUUCUGUGCAAGCGCUUGGAGAAGAUGAGAUCAGACUCGAUUUAGUGUUGCGUGGAAAGUUUGCCCAAGGGCAAAAUGGGUGGGCCUGGCUGGCAUGUGGACCACAGCUGGAGGUUGUUAAUUCAGUAACAGGGGAACGCCUUUCUGCAUAUCGAUUUAGUGGAAUUGAACAGCCUCCAACUGUUUUGGCUGUUAAGGAGUUUUGCUGGCUCAAGAGGACUGGACUUUUAGUGGGACUGGAAGAAACUGAAGGAAGUGUGCUUUGUCUUUAUGAUCUUGGACUGUCAAGAGUUGUGAAAGCAGUUGUUCUACCUGGCAGGGUGACUGCAAUUGAACCAAUUAUAAACCAUGGCGGGGCUAAUGCAAGCACUCAGCAUUUACACCAGAGUCUGCGCUGGUUUUUUGGUGUGGCGGCUGUGGUUACUGAUCUAGGUCAUGUUUUUCUCAUUGAUAUUUGUUUAGAUGAUUUGUCAUGCAGUCAGAGUGAACUGGAAGCAUCAGAUCUGGAAAUUAUCAACAGAUUUCCUGCUGAUGUUCCACAAAUUAGAGAAACCGUGACAAGAGAUGGACGACACCUAUGCUAUCAAUUACACAGUGCUACUGGAACAUCUGCCACCACUCUUCAUUACAUCAGCCGGACAAAUCAACUUGCAGUAGGAUUUGCGGAUGGAUACCUGUCCCUUUGGAACUUAAAAACACUUAAAAAAGAAUACCACUGUCAGUUAGAAGGAGGCAGAGUACCUAUUUAUGCGGUCAUUUUUCAGGAGCCAGAGAAUGACCCUCGGAGCUGCUGUUACCUAUGGGCUGUGCAGUCUGCACAGGAUUUCGAAGCAGAUGUUUUAAGUUUACAUUUACUGCAGCUGGCUUUUGGCGACAGGAAGUGCAUCUCAUCUGGUCAAAUCCUGUAUGAGGGUUUGGAAUACUGUGAAGAGCGUUAUAGCCAAGACCUGUCUAGAGGCAUAGUCUCAUUCCGAGGUCAGGCUAGCAAUAUAAAAUUGCUAGGAUGUCAGACAAUAGAGAAGUUUCGAGGUCAUUCUGACAGAGAAGAAAGCAUGAAUGAAGCCAUGUCGCCAGACACUAGUAUUGCUGUUUUCAGCUGGCAAGUGAAUCCCUAUGGGCAGGGCAAACCUUCAUCAUAUUUGGGGGUUUUUGAUAUAAACCGCUGGUAUCAUGCUCAGAUGCCAGAUUCUUUAAGGCCAGGAGAGUUUCUUCAUAACUGCCCAUAUUUUUCUUUGUGGUCUUUGGAUUCAGUAGUUGGCAUGAUUUCUCCGUACUAUUUGUUGGAUAUCCUAGUGCAUGAGAAGAGUUUAAGCCGUGGAGUUCCCCCAUCCUACCCUCCUCCAGAACAGUUUUUCAGUCCUAGCUCUUACAAUUUUGAUGCCACUUGCUUGCUGAAUUUUGGAAUUGUCCAUUUAACAUGCUCUGGUUUUCAGAAAGAAACUUUGCAGUUUCUGAAGAAAUCUGGGACUUGUCUUGAUGAUGCCAUUCCAAAUGGCUACAACCGUUGCCUAGUGGCUGGUCUGCUGUCUCCAAGGCUUACUGAUAUUCAGCCCUCGUGUUUGACAGAGGAAGAGCAGCUGGAAGCGUUGAUGACAGCAGCUGUUGAAACAAGUUCACUGGGGCUUCUUAGCGGAUGUAUCAGACAGUGGAGUGCAGAAGGGGCUGCUGCUCAUCUGCGUUUCGUUUUGGAGUGGGCCUGGAAGAAGGUAGUUGGUACAAAGGAAGAACUUGACAGAAUAUGUACUCCACUUUUUGAUGGCUCUUGUAAUUUCAUUGACAUACAGACAUUCCAAUCUUUGCAACGUUGCCAGUUACUACUUUGCAAUUUGAGCACUAUUUUCAGCUGUUUUCUUACUGAAGCACAUGAUGUGACGGAGAAAGGACUGGUAGAGCUAACAAACAAAUGUGUGGUAACUACACUUCUUUCUCAGUAUGCUCAAGUGGUGCUCUGGUUUUGCCGCUCUGGAUUGUUGCCUGAUGGUUCAGAUGAAGAUGAAGUGCUGCAGCUGUCUAGACCUUUUUACAACUACCAGUUAAUUCAGAGCUAUUAUACUAGUCGGCGGCAGAAGCUAGAACGUUUAUCCAGAGGCAAGUGGUGUGGAGACUGCCUUAUGGUCGAUGGAAUGAUUUCCCAGUUCGGAGAGAGAAUAGAAAAACUUUGGCGCAGGGAUGAUGGAGGAACCGGAAGAUAUCCCCCCUCAACAUUACAUGCUCUUCUUGAUAUUUACCUCCAGGAGAAUGUGCAGGAGAUGCAGAAGCAUGCCGUUAUAAUCUAUUUGUUAUUGGAUGUCAUGUAUUCUUUUCCAAAUAAAAACAAGUCUUCCAUUGAAGCUUUUCCCACAGCAUUUGCCAUUCCUUUGGGCUUAGUAAAACUCAUUCAGGGAUUCUGGUUAUUGGAUCAUGGUGAUCAUGAGAAUUCUCUUGACUUGAUUCUGCAUCCAGCCACAAGCAGACUGUUGUCCUCAAUGGAGCACAAAAGAAUCAUCCAUGCUUUAAUGUGCCAAGGGGAGCACAAACAAGCUCUCAGAUAUGUACAGACAAUGAAGCCAUUAAUGAAUACCAUCAGUGAAGUUAAACUUUAUCUCUCCGUGCUGUUGCUCAACAGAUGCAUGGUUGAGGCCCGUGACUUGGUACGGCAGCAUGCUAGCAGGCUGAAUAUGGAAGACUUGCUAAAGCAUAUGUAUGAAACUUGCCAGGAAAUGAGUCUAAUGGAAGACUUGCUGAAAUUACCCUUCACUGCUGCUGAACAGGAUUGUUUGGAAAGAUUUUUGUACAACAGUGGUGGCAUGCAGAGUCAUGAAUUUUUGUUGGUUCACCAUCUUCAGCGAGCUAAUUAUGUUCCUGCUUUGCAGCUUAAUCAGUCAUUGAAUAUGAACUUAAUGAAUGAUCGUGUUCCUCGAAUGCGAGAGAGAGCUACUGCAAGAAAUUCUAUAUUGGAUCAGUAUGGAAGAGUCCUUCCUAGAGUACAGCGAAGGCUUGCAACUGAAAGAGUUAAACCAUAUUACCAUCCAUCAACUGUUCUACGGGAGGUUUCACGACCUGUGCCUUUGUCAACUGUGGCAAAACCAGUUGUUUCUGGAAAAAUAUUGACAAAAGCAACUUUCAUCAACAACCUUCUAUCUAAAAUUGGUGAAGUGUGGCCAAGAAGCCAAAGAAAUGUAAACUUGUCUCCUUAUAACAGUUCGGAUAUUGAAGAUGAAUCACCUUCAGCUUCACCAGUGGAGCUUCCUGAUGCAUUUGUUGGAACACCAGUCACUACAUCAUUCAAAAGAAUGUCUAGGUUGUUUGAAUCAGUAGUGUGCCCUGUUCCACUGUCUCCACCCAUAGACAGUAUCCAACAGAUGCAGUCUAAGACUUCUCCUGUCUGGAUGACCUUCAGUCCUGCCCGACGAAGUUCUGCAGUGUCUUCCCAGCUGAAAAGAAUUUCAAAAGCAUCAGAGCUGAGCUUGUUGAAGACCCCACCAGUAGUAAAGAAAGCAAAAGCCUUGGCAUCCACUACUUCUGGAUUCUCAGGUUUUGCUCCACAGUCAAUACUAAGAUCAAGCCUUCGCCCAUCUCCUUUGGCUUCACCAUCUGCAUCACCUGGAAGAUCCGUUACUCCUCCUCUUCGUAUAAAAGAGACAAGAAUCUCAUUUAUGGAAGAAAAUAUUGCUUCAACGUGGAAUCGUAAUACUGCUGACAAAGAAUCAAAUCUUUUGCCAAGAAGUUUAUCAACCAGUCCUUGGGCUGCCAGGCUAGAAAAAGUGAUUUCCUUUGAUCUUCACAAACGUUUUGAGACUGAAGUACCUGAGAGAACAUCAAGUAAUGAAAAGUACAUUGCCGCUGAAGCUGACAUUAGUAAAGAGAUUAGCAGUACUUCCGUAAGGUCGGAGCAAUCAACCCUUGAGUACCAUGAUGCUCAGGCUCCAGAUGAUUUUUAUGAAGAGUCUGCCACACUGAACUCCAGGCCAGUUGAAAAUGUAAAUGCUGAGCCCAUUAAAAAUGGAGAGCAUGAGAUAUUUAGAAGUACUGCACUGGAAUGUUUUGAACUUGUCGCUAGUACAGGUAAGCAUUCUGAACCAAAAUCUGUUGCCAGGCCUGCUGGACUUAAUGGUUUAUCUGAAACGGCUGAAGAGGAGCCCACAGACAGUAUGAAUGAGGAGAAUGUUCAGUGCAUUGAUCGGCUAGAUAGAAUAAACAGUGUAGAUACAGAGCUUGUUAAUGGGCCUGCAGAAACCGCCAAAAACACAUUUGCAGAGGUUCCCGAGCAUGAAAUUAUUGAACAAAUUACUCAACCUGUACCUGGCCAAGUCUUUGACCAUAGACACCUUAAAACUGUUAAUAAUGAAAGCACUACCAUUGGUGGUAGUGAACAUUCUGCAGGUGCUGCUGAAACCGUUUGUUCAUCUAUAGAGCACAAAGAGGAGCCAGCUAUAGAAAUGAGCCAUAAUCAGCAGUUGGAUUCUUCCAAUAGAGAAACAUCAGUGGAACAUGAAGAACUGAAUGAAACUGAGAGUUGUGCAUUUCCAGAAAAUGGCAUCUCUUCAUUUGCUUUUUCACAUCCCAUGCAUGAAGCUUUCACAUCCCAAUAUACAACACGGGAAAUUGAAAACUUAACCAGUAAUUAUGAGACAGAGGGAGCAUUGCUUGUAUCAGAUGAAUGCAACACUUUGAUCAAAAUUACCGAAUCAGCCUCCGCAGUUUCAGAGAAUGAAUCUGUUACUGUACAUGACAACGAGGGUGUUUUUGCAAGUACAUAUAUUGAAAACAGCUUGGAGAGUGGCUCUGCAUUUCUUAAAACCUAUGACAUCGAAGCAAAGGUAGUGGAAGAAAAUGAGUGUCAGCAAGAUGAACAUUUCAUCAUCCUUCCAGUAAAGGCACUUGAAAUUCAUAUGGUCGAAGAUGGGGAACUUGAAGAGCAGACUACAGAGGACUCUGGAGAGGUAUCAUAUGUAGAGUGCCAUCCUCCACAGCCCUUUCAGGUUUCCUGUACACUGGAUGCUGAAUUUAUGUCAAAUAAAAUAAAUGACAAUGACAUGAGCACCACCGAAGCUGCUAAAUGUGUCAGUAUGAAUGGAAAUCAUGAUGGUCCUGAAGAGAACUUUACUUUAAUAUUAGAGGGUGAAGAUGAAUGCAGUGAUACAGAAACUACCAGUACUUUCCAUAUCACCACUACGGUGGAGGUUGUGGAUCAAGAAUAUGAAGAUCAAACUAGUUUGCAAAAAUCACCUACUUUAGUCCUAGUACAGGAACCAAACAAUGCUGAUGCCCCAACAUAUGUGCCUGAAUCUGUUAAAGAGGCUGUUGCAGAAAGCUUAUCGGAUGCAGUUAAAGAUACAAGAAACAAAGAUUUUGUAGAAAUGGUGGAGACACUAGAUGAAGAAAAGACAGAAACUGAUAAGGCCCUUGGAAGGUAUCUCUGCCAGUCAUUGCAGCCAGUGGUACAAGAUGUGAAGGAUCCAGAAGUAAAUGAUCAAGUGGAAGUGAAGGAGACGUCCAACGAGAGCGAUAGAGGAAGGUCCGUUUUAACAAAAGAUGAAACAUCUUUCGAAAUCCUACAGUCUGAGUCUGAACAAAAUGAGCAAGAAGUUGCUACACUGUAUCCUGGAAGUGUUGAGAAACUUAAAGAACACUUUGAAAUCCCUGAGACAAUGCAUCCUGAUUUAACUGAAGGGCAGAUUGCUGGAGUAUCUCCUGCUGAAAGGCUUUUGCCAUCUCCUAGGAGGAGCACCAGGAAAGUACAAGAGAGAUUGAGAAGCCUUGAAGGAGUGCAUCCUGUUUCAGGUGAGGGGUCAAUUGCUCCAGUAUGUCCUGUUGUAAGAUCUUCACCUUCUCCUAGAAGGAGCACCAGGAAGAUACAGCAGAGAUAUGGAAAUAAUGAAAUGCAUCCAGAGUCAGGUGAGGAACAAAUUGCUCAAGCAUCUCCUGCUGUAAAGUUUUCACAGUCUCCUAGAAAUAGCACCAGAAGAGUACAACAGAGAUUUGAAAGUCCUGAAAUAGUGCAUCCUGAGUCAGGUAAAGAGCAGAUUGCUGGAGUGUCUCCUGCUUUAAGGUCUUCAACUCCUAGCAGCAGUAACCAAAAAGCAGAACAGAGAUUUGAAAGCCCUGAAGUAGAGAAUCUUGAGUCAGAGGAGGAGCAUAUUACUGGAGUACCUCUUGCUUUAAGGUUUUCACUGUCUCCUACAAUGAGCACCAAGAAAGCAGAGCAGAGGUUUGAAAGUCCUGAAACUGAGCAUCCUUAUUCAGGUGAAGGGCAGGUUGAUGGAGUAUCUACUACUUUGUCAUCACAAUCCCCUAAAAGGAGUGCAAAGAAAGAACAGACAUUUGAAAGCCAUGAAGAAGAGCUUCCAGUGUCCGGUGAGGACCAGAUUGAUGGUGUAUCUGUUGCUUUAAGAUCUUCACAAUCUCCUGGAAGGAGCACCGAGAAAGCAGAACAGAGAUUUGAAAGCCCAGAAACAGAGCAUGCUGAUGCAGGUGAAGGACAAACUGCUGGAGUAUUUCCUGUUUUAAGAGCCUUACAGUCUCCUAGAAUGAGCACUGAGAAAGAACCGAGAUUUGGAAGCCCUGAAGCAGUCUUUCCUCCAGGACCAGGAGGACAGACUGCUAAAGUAUCUCCUACUUUAAGGUCUUCAACAUCGCCUAGAAAGAGCACCAGGAAAGUACAGCAGAGAUUUGAAAGCCCUAAAGCAAUGCAUCCUGAUUCAGCCGAGGAGAAGAUUGCUGAAGUGUCUCCUGCUUUAAGGUCUUCACCAUCUCCUAGGAGGAGCACCAAGAAGGUAGAAGAGAGAUUUGGAAGCCAGAAAGCUGUGCAUUCCAAUUUAGGUGAUGAACAGAGUUCUGAAGAAUCUCCUAAUUUAACUGCUUCACCCUCGCUUGAAAGGAGUGCUGGAAAAUUGGGAGCAAGAUUACCCAGCCCUGAAGCGAUACAGCCUGAAUCCAAUGAGAGGCUGAUUGCUCAGUUAUUUCCUACUUUAAGAGCCUCAGCAUCCCCUAGGAGGAGUGCCAGGAGAGUAAGAGAGACGUUUGACACUCCUGAAGCAGUGCGUCCCGAGUCACCUGAAGGACAGAGUGCUCAAGUAUCUGCUUUAAGGAGAAGUACUAGAAAAAAGAAUACUAAUGUUGAAAUGUCAGGGAAAGCACAUCCUCUUGCUGAUAAAAGAGCACAAACUCCUGCUUCUGUAGGAAGAGUGACGAGGAGCAAAAAAGAUGCACCCUUAGCGAUACCAGAAAUCUGGCAGACUGAAGUUGAAGACAAACAUUUUAAAAAAACAGAUCAGUCACUUGUUUCUUCAUCAGAGGUUCUCAAAGUAACCAAAGGUUCAUCAGAUGUUUUGCAAGCAGACCUGCUCUCACCUAAAAUGACAGAGAUUUCAGCUAGCCCUGUGAGAAGUAGUAGAAAAGCAAAAGGAAUCACAUUCUCACUCCCUGAAAAUGUUAUUGACACGCAGGAGAAAAAAACUGAACAAACUAGCCCCAAAUCUUUUACAAAGAGAGCAGGGAGGAGCAGGGUCCUACAAAGUAAAGAAGUCACUGUACCUGUUUCAGCUGAGACUUUUGACCAGCUAGAGCAUGCACUUCUUCCUUUCACCCCUGUAAGUGCAAGGAAGGGCACAUCUUAUCUGCAGGAAAAUAUCAAAAACAUUGGCAAUGUGCAGGAUACAAUUCCACUCCAAGAGAAACUGCCUGUCAGUCUAAGGAGAAGUGCCAGAAAAGCCACCACCAGUGAGUUAAAGCACACUGAGGCAUCAUCUGCUUUGGGAAAAAUAUCUGUUGAACCCUCAACUGAAAGUAUUCUGUCCAAGAGUGCCGGAAAGACUGCUCAAACUACCAAAUAUCACUCUGUAAAAGAACAAUUACCAGCAGUUGAGGACAUUUCAGAUGAGGUGUUUUUGCAGUCAGAAAGCAUUGACAAAAAUAGACUGGGUGGUACAAAUACCAAUGCACCUGUCAUUGCUAGUAGGAUAGAAGAGUCAAUAAGUGUUAAAACAACUCGUGCCACAAGAAGCAGGGCUGCCAGAGAUUUGUCACCAGAAGCAGCAGUGAAGGAAAGUGACGCCCCUGUAUUCACGAGAAUUGCAAGGAACUCAAGAGUGAUAGAGGAACCAGAACAUCCUGUGUCCAGUGAUGUGCCCCAGUCUCUUGUGUCUCCUAAAUCUGUAUCCUCUACUCCAGCAACAAGGUCAAAGAAGAAAACAAAAUCAGUUGAGGAAAUGGGUCUUCCUGUGAUUGAGGAUGAAGUUCCCAAAGUAACAGAUAUAGAUGAAACACAGACACGUGCUAAAAGCAAAGCAGUAAAGGCAGCGGUAAAGAAAAGAAAAAGACUUAAGGGAGGCUUGUGGUCACCCCCACCAGUUGAAGUUAAUCUCAUUUCUCCUUUGCCCAGCCCACUAGAAGAGUACAUGAGUAAUCGGAAGGGAGCUGAUGAGGCAACAACUAAAAUGAUCCUUAGAACUAACAGAAAGAGACUGAUGUCUGCUUUCCCAAAGCCAGUCACACGGAGGAAGAUGUUGUGAUUUUAAGUGGGAAGUCGGAGUUUUUACCUGUUGGUGUUUAUAAAAAAAAAAGUCAUCGGGAAUUGUGUGGCUUCUUGAAAAAGUAUCUGAUUUGGUGUAAUAAUUUAUAUAAAUUAUUGUACAUUUCAUGAAAGAUUGUCUUUAUUAAGAAAGAUAACUGAGUCUAUUUGUUUCUGCCAAUUUUUCUAUUUUAUAUUAAAACUUCAUACAUUUAUAAUAACUGUAAAUAAUGUUUUAUUUUAGGAAUGUUAUAAAUAAAGUGUACACUUCGCUAUA